CCUCCCAGCUCAUUUCACCUGUGGGGCAGGGAAGGGCCAUCGCCAUCGCAUAUGGCCCUCCAGGCUCGGCUUGCCUCGAGCCCGCUGCCGCGGCUGGUCGAAGGCUCCGUCGCUGCCGUGGGUCGGGCCACCCUGGGAGACGGGCGCUUCCAGAGCACAAUCCAGGGGGGGGACAGAGGCGCCGCGAUGCUGCGCCACGGCGAGAAGACAGCCCUGUCCAUCCCACGCGCGCUGGGCUCUCACCUUCCCGGCGUGUCCUCUCCCUACAGGUCCUAUAGCAAACAGAGGUCUGCGAUCGAGAGGGAGUAUGGGCAGGCACUGCAGAGGCUGGCGAGCCAGUUCCUGAAGAGAGACUGGCAGCGGAGCCGCAGUGAAGCCAACGACUCAAGGAGCGUCGUUGCUGCCUGGAAGGGCGUCAUUGAUGGUACUAUGUAUGCUGGGCAGGCCCGUGUUACCGCCUCGGAGAGCUAUCGCACCAUUGCCCUAGAGGCCUCCAAGACUGCCCGUGUGUCCAAGGAGCGGAUGCUGAAGAAGAGCACUGAGCAGUUGCAGAAGGUGCAGGCAGAGUUGUUGGAGACAGUGAAGGAGCUGGGCAAGGCGAAGAAGCAGUUUACGCACCUCCAGCGGAGCAAUGAGGUGGCCAAGGACAAAGCUGCGGAUGUGGAGGCCCGGCUCCGGAGGAGUGACCGGAGGAUAUUUCACACAAAGGCCAGCCUGCAAAAACUCAGUGCCAAGUUCUCUGCGCAGCUGGCCGAGUAUUCAAAGCAGCUCACGGGGGUGCACAACGAGUACAUCCUCACGCUGGUGUCUGCCAAUGCCCACCUAGACCAUUACUACAAUGUGGAGUUACCCACUGUCAUGCAGGCCCUGGACGGUGACCUUUACGAGCGGUUCCGGGACCACUUGACCUUGACCAGCCAGACAGAGAUUGAGAUCUGCCAGGCAACACAGGAGUGGUUCCAGCGCGUUUUGGAGUCAUCCACACAAAUAUGCCAGAAGCAGAACCUCCUCCUCUUCCUCCAGGACCACACUGCCUUCACGCUGACCCCAGAGCAGCGAUUCCAGCUUGCUGGCAUGGACCAGAUGCGUCUUCUGGAGCCAGAGAGCAGCAGCACCAGUGAGAGCAGCCUGGAGAAGGAGGUGCGGCGCUGGGCCAUGCGGGCAGCCAAGGACUACAAAAUCAAGACACACAGCGAGCAGGUCCUGCAGAGGCUGGAGGCCAGGAGGCAGCAGGCCCCAGAGGCGGAGGUGACCGCCAUGGAGCGACGGAUGGAGGAAGUGAGAGAGAACAUCCGGAAGGCGGAGGUCAGCAAGGUGAAGGCGGAUGCCCGGCUGGCGCUGCUUCGCACGACUGGGCUGGAUGUGGACGCCUGGCUGGCGGGGGCCAUGGCGCAGGCGCUGGAGGAGCUGGAGCGUGAGCGCAGCCUGAGCGCAGCCCAGCAGGCCGAGAAGGAGUCCGCACCUGCGACAGAAGAGUUUGACCUGGCGGAGUUUGAUGAUUACGAUGACAGCGUUGAGCCGUUUGAAGACGUCGACCCUGGCCCUGCUGGCCGCACGUAUCCUUACGCUUGCCGGGUGAUUUUCGGAUACCAGGGCUGCCAGGCAGACGAGCUGUCCAUCACCCAAGGAGAGGAGCUGGAGAUCAUCGAGGACGGUGAUGUCGAGGAGUGGGUGAAGGCCCGGAACAAGGCAGGCCAGGUCGGCUAUGUCCCCGAGAAGUACCUGCUAUCCCUGGGCUGUGUGGGCACUGAAGCGGGCCCCACAUCUGGGGGCCAGGCUGCAGGGUCCUUGGAGACAGCCUUGCACCGGCAGCUCUCCAGCAUCAUGAGCGCGGAGCUGGUCUUGGAGCCUGGAGCCUGGCUGGUGCGAGCCCUGUACGACUACGAGGGGCAGAGCCCCGAAGAGCUGAGCUUCCCCGAGGGCGCCAUCAUCCGCGUGCUGCCCCGGACGGAGGAGGAGGUGGACGAUGGUUUCUGGACAGGAGAUUUCAAUGGACGCAUUGGUGUCUUCCCCUCGCUCGUGGUGGAGGAGCUCACCGGGGCCGGGGGCUCUGCUGGGCAGGAGCUGCCGUCACCCUCCCCUCCACCAUUCUCUCCUCCUGGCCUCGCACCUGGGAACAGCCUGGCCUCCAGCCCCGCUCCAGAAGUGCUAGUGGGAGUCUGCAGGCAGGAUGGCAUGGCCAGCGGCCAGAGCUCUCCAGACCUGUCAACCAGCCGCCUCCGUCCGCUCCGAGCGCCUCCCCCGCCGCCUGACAGAGCCCCUGAAGCCGAGCCCGAGCUGCACUUUAGCUGACCCUGGGAGUCCCUUGUGCUCUCCUAGUCUCUCCCUGCUCCCGCUGGGUCCUUGGGCCUGCAGUCUGCAAAAGCUUCACCCAAGCAAACUGCAUCACCCGCUCUGGAUGCUCCUCAUCCCACGCAGCAGGGGCCGGCACAGAGGGGAGCGCUAGGACGUGCCCUGAGCCCCGCUCUGCUUCCCCGGAGCUGGUCUUCUUGGGGGGGGGACGCAUCCUGCUGUUGCUCCUAUGGUACUCAGCAUAGCUUGUGGAGCAGUCUUGUCUCCGUGCACAACACUGGGCAGCCAUGCUCCUGCCCGGAAGCACCUUUACCCAAAGCAAGGCAAGGAGCUCAGUGGUGUGGUUGUGCCCACGGCUCUUACCUCUGCCCCUUCUCCAGGCCCCCGGCUGGCGUCCUCGUACAUGCCCCCCCUUGCUGACAAUGUAGCACAGCCCCCCAGGGCUGGGGGGAGGGUGGGGUGAUGUCUCCCUCCGUGCUAGGCACCGCAUCUGCCAUCCAGCCCCCUGCCCACCCAAGAGAGGGACGCGGGAGGUGGUGGGGGCAGCAGGAGCGGGCACUCUGGUUGCUGUGCCCCAAUAAAGUGAGUCCACUCGG